UUUGUGUUUUACCACCUGACGGACUGUCAAAUAAAUUUCAAGGUGCGAAAUGACUGUGAUAUGCCGUGCAGUUUACGGAUAUAAGGGUCAAUCGCGACACAAAAAGACCGGUUUUUAAAAUGAUGGCAUCAGCACAAUAAGUCUUAACAUGAGCCGAAAGGAUAGUGUGUGUGAAGAUGAAUGGUCAGAAAUUCAGCAAAGAUUUGAGAAAGAAGGUCUUGACUUUGAGAACCUUGUGCCUGAGGAAAGGCUGCUCCAUGUAUGGCGAUGGCUUGUUGAUGCAGAGAGCAACCUUCGGAGUACCAGACGACAGCUGGACAAGCUCCGUGACUUACGGAGUGAAGAGAUGGAGGAGAUGGAAAACUACAUUGGCCACAUUAGAGAUCUGGCAGAAAAACGUGCAGAUCAUCUGGAGAAUGAAACAAUAACAUUGCGCUCAAAACUGGAAUCGUCCCAAGAGCAAGCUGCUACUCUAGCUUCACUUUUGGAAAAAAGUGGCUUGCAGUGCAUUGCAGAUGACAGUUUAGGAGAACAGGUUGCUUUCCUAAUAGCUGACCGUGCAAAGCUCAUGGAAGAAAUAGAAGUUUUAAAAAAACUUGGAUUUUCUAAUGAUGUCAAUGGAGUUAGUAAGGAUGGAGACCUUUUGUCUGAAAUAAUAAAAGUAUCAUCAGAGAAAGAAGUGUUGCGCAGGGAAGUAAAUGAGAUGUGUGAUCGUGUGCAGUUGUUGGAGAAAGCUUCAAGACAACUAGAGCUGGACAAUGAAAGACUUGCUUUUAAGUUAUCUGAAGCAUUGGCAGAACUUGAAGAAAGAGAAGCUCAAUUGAAACAUUUAGUAAAUGGUGGUGAACAAACAAUGCAAUCAGCAAUUAACCUGUUAUGGCCAGCUUUCAAACCUGGGGACUCACCACACCCACCUCCCAGAAGAAGCUUCUCUCUGCAGCCACAAGGAGAUUCACCAAAGGGUAGCUUGAAAAAGGGAAGCUCUCCAAGAAAUAGCUUCUCCAAAAUGUACAGUGACCCACAGAAGCUGCACCCUCAUAGAUCUGUGAGUCCAGUUAAUGGACCAGAAAACCAAAACCAAGAAAAGGCUUCAAGAGAAGAAGGCCAACGGGAAGAAACAGGAACACAAACUGAGAAUGAAGUGCUGGACAACAAGGAGUCAGAAAUUCAGAAAUCUCUUUCAUUAGGUGACAAAGAUGUUGAAAUGAGGUCACAGAGUUUUGGAGCCGAUUCCACUCCUCCAAGUUUAAUGAUGAGCGAGUUCAGCUGUGGCUCACCCAAGAAAUUAGCAGGUCUAUUGGAUUCGCAAAUGGCUACCUCAAGAGGAGAAUUAAUGAGGCUCGAAGAAAUAAAGAAAUUGCAGGCAGAGUGUGAAAAUUUGAGGGCUCAGUUGGCUACUGUUACAGAAAAGUACAAUGCUUUAGCAUUGCGUCAUAUACAGUACAAAGCUAAGCGUAAAGCUCAAAUAGAUGAAUUAAGGAGUAGAUUUGACGCAGAACUGAGUUCCCUCCAGUGUCAAGUGGAGAAUUUGCAAUCACAGUUAUCAGUCCAGAAGAAAAUGUUGUCCACAGAAGAGAGUUUGAGAUCAAGAGUUGAAACUGAUUACAGGCAAAUACAGGAGGAGAAACGAGCAUUAAUGGUGAAUGCUAUGCAUCUGGAAACUGCAAUGCGAGAAAAAGAACGAGAGAUUACUGCCCUGGGUAAGAAGAUACUGCUUUUGGAAAAUGCAAACUCUGACCUUCUGGCAAAAGUUUUACAACUGAAGUAUUCCACUGUACGCCAAAUUCCAAAAAACCAAUCGGCAAUGCCAAAGAGCAAUAGUGUUGAAGGUGUAUUGAUGGACUUGGGUAGUGUGUGAUGCAUCCUAUUUGUCACAUUAUUUCAUGGUACUUAAGCAUUUUAGGAAAGAGUUCUCAUCACAGAUCAAUUCUGUUCAAAAGAAGUA